AUGAUGAAAGAUAGUAAGGUCGAGGCUAAGAGCAGCAAAGGCGCUACUCUUAAUGAGCUCAUCGAGCUUAAGGGCUCUUCGUCCUGCUUGUUUUUCGAGUGUAGGAAGCAUAAAGAUCUUUACAUGUGGAUGGUCAAGUCCCCUAGUGGACCUUCUGUUAAGUUCUUGGUUAACGCUGUUCACACAAUGGAGGAGCUGAAACUCACUGGGAAUCAUCUGAAAGGGUCACGUCCUCUCUUGACGUUCUCAUCCAAUUUUGAUAAAGAUGCACACUGGAAACUUCUGAAGGAGAUGUUAACACAGAUAUCGGUACCUCAUAACGAGACAGACAAGAUUGCAAGAGGUGGUCUGGAUAAGAUGACCCUUGUCGAGAUAUUCGGAGGCAGCUUUGGAGGUCCAACGCUUUACGAGAACCCAUUCUAUGUAUCACCAAACCAGAUUCGAGCGUUGGAGAAAAGAAACAAAGCAGGGAAGUUUGCCAAGAAAAUCAAGGCGAAAACGAGAAGGAAGAUGCAUGAACUCUCCAACCCAUUGGAGCCUGAUGAGUUUGCAGACAUGUGGAAGGAUGAUGAAUGA